GUAGCCAUCUCUGAUAGUAAUGAAGAUGCGAAAAGGAAUCAACAGUUUGCGAUUCUGCCUUUCACAACGGUGAAAUUAUGAGAUUUUUCAUGCGAGGUGAAAGUGCGAGAAGCGAACAAAGUCAUGGAUAGACAUCGUUCGACGCGGAUCAACGGAAAGUUCUAGCUCCUUUUAUCGCAACGAAUGAAGCGAUCUACAUUUUAUGUGACUUAUGGUUUAUGCGCCCCACCGUUUUCUAAUGUCUGUUUACGACUACGAUGACUUCAUAGUUCUUGAUGGUUCUCCCGAUUAGACCGCGAGCGAAUAUAUCGCGCCUCGGGAUAUCAUAUAGAUCAUAUUCUUACGAAGCACGAGUCAGACAGCUUUAAUUGAUAGAAUAUUCUCUUGGCUCGAGUAGAAAUUUUGGGACCUCGUCAAAAGUUUCCACUCAGAAAUUAUUCCUUCGAGCUUUGUUUUUCAACGAUCCUCCCGGUGAAAUGAAUUUUUCAUAUUUUGUAUGUCGUUAGAAAUUGAUGCAGCGUUUAGUUUAUUAUGAGAAGCGCACUUGUUUUUAUCCUUUACAAAGAAUAACAAGUAGAUUUUGAGCGAGAUUAUUUGUGAUAAACGAGCUACAAGUUAUUAGUAAUUUUUGUGCCUUGAUACGGGUUCCUCUUUCUCCGAGCAAAGAAAGCAGCAUGAAUAAAAACGGACCACCACCACCAUACGAGUCUCCUCCGUACGCACCGCCUAGUUAUGCUCAGUGCGUGGGCGGAGUUCCACCAGCCAGUCCAUUUACUCCGGCAGAAGCAUAUGCCAAUGGACCUACCAUUGUCACAACAAUCGUACCAUUAGGACCAGGACCGACCCACACUAUCUGUCCUCACUGCCAUGCAGAAAUUGACACGACGACUAAAACCGAGCCUGGAAUGAUUGCCUAUGUUUCCGGCAUUAUUAUUGGAUUGCUAGGGUGUUGGUUAGGGUGCUGUUUAAUUCCCUGCUGCAUCGACGAGUGCAUGGACGUACACCAUACUUGUCCAAACUGCAAGGCUUACCUGGGACGUCAACGACGGUAGAUUCAUCGUGUACCAAACAUCGAUUAUGCUGCUCUUGAAAUUCUGUCACAGAAUUUCAAGAGCCUCCACGACAUGGAAUGCACGUUGCGUACGAUCGAUCGUUCCUUCGUUCGUUCGUUCGUUCGUUCGUUCGUUCGUUCGUUCGUUCGUUCGUACGAACCCAAGACUCUGGUGAUUUUUGAAUUCGUAGAGUUAUUCUUUCAUAAUUCCGACACCAAUGGUCUUUUUAUAGUCACAGAGCUGCAUAUUGGUCGUGAAUCCAAGUCUGGUUAAGUGAGGUUGCAGUUGCCACGUAGAGGUAACGAAUUUUAGUCGAAUCGUUAAGGACGCAGACACGAAUUGUCUGGACUCGGAGUGGGAAUAUCUACUUACAGAUAGGGAAGCAUCAGAAAAUAAAUUUACAAGAGCAUCUUUCACCGAAGACCCGUCACUAAGCUCGGAUUCGUCAAGGUGCGCAAAUGUUUCGUCGGUAUCCAACAACCCAGCGCCAUGUGCAUUUCUUUUAUAUUUUUUUUCGGUUUAUCGUAACCGUAGUAAUACGUUAUCGCGUCCUUGAUAUAUACUUUGGUUUUCUUUCUAUUUAUUUUGGCAAAUCCAGAGCAGCGUACCAAGAGUUUCGGUUAGGUUACACGCGAAGGAAAUCGAAAAUUUCUCUCUCCGUCCACUUAUAAGUUUUGCAGAUAUUAACAGAUAUCGAGGUCCAAUUACAAGCGUAAGUUCGAUCGUCGAAUCAUGGUUACGCACAGCUCGUAAGGAUAUCUUUCCGUGGAGUCGGAAGGUCAAAAAAAGAAAAUGUGCUCGGGUAACGGAGAAAUCUCUUAAAAUAGAUAAUUUUUUUCUCGACUUUCAUGUCCAGCGUAACGUUUUUUCAUCAGAGGUACGGAUACGUAAUUAUCGAAGAAUAAUAAUAUAUGAUAAUAUUAAAAACGCGAAGGGAAGAAUAACACGAUAACAACGAGAAACAAGGGUGUUCCGUACCCAGAUAUACGAUAGGAAGAUUCGAUUAUUCCGCAGGUAUAUAUACGUCGCAGGAUUUGGGACGAAUCGCCCAUUUAAAUACCUCUAAGUGCCCGAUUAACGUUAAUUAAACUGGUCGCGACGUUUAACGGACCACAACGAGUCAAAUGAAACGCCGUAUCAACGAAUAGCUGCGAUGUAAUAUCUUUCUUCAGAAUUAUCGAACGGGAAAGAACGUCCAAUUUACGUAGAAUCAAUUUCUCUCCUGCACAAAUGACAUUCUUCGGAUAUGGUUUUUAACUCGUCGAUAUCAAUAUCACCGUAGUAGUAAUAUCGCGAUAGAGCAGCUAAGUUUUACAGUGCGAUUCCGUCCGAUCGCGAGGCAAUUGUAUUCGUCGACACCAUUAAUCUCCGAAUAAAUAUUUAUCGACUGGCA